AUGUUACAUGAAUUCGGCACGGAACCAGCCUAUCGUCUUUUGAUUGGAACCAUUCUAGUGCUUAUAUUCAUUGUGUCUUUAGCAAUUAUAUCGAAGCUUCCCGCAAAGAGUUGUAACCCUCGUCUUCGCCACUGGAAAAGGAUUUCUGCAUGGACUCACAGAUCUGUUGCAGGAGGCCUCAUUAUUUUUGCAAUUGCAUACAUAAUAGCUGAAAUCGGUUUCAAAACGCCAAGGAAUCUGAUUUCACUUGGUGGGAUGGCAGUGUUAGUUCUUUUUACCUUCGUAUGUUCACACAAUCCUGCUCGGGUGAAAUGGCAACCAGUAUUUUGGGGUAUAAUGUUACAGUUUAUAUUUGCCCUGAUUAUUUUGCGGUGGGAAAUUGGAUAUGAAAUCUUCCAGUGGUUAGGUGAUAGAGUCUUGGAAUUCCUACAGUAUUCAGAUGACGGAGCAAUAUUUGUCUUUGGAGAGCGAUUCACAGACCAUUUCUUUGCAAUGAAAGUAUUACCAGUAAUCGUAUUCUUCAGUACGUCUGUGUCUGUCUUGUAUUACCUUGGUGCCAUGCAGUUUAUCAUUCGGAACAUUGCAAAAGGAUUAGCUACAGUUCUCGGAACGUCUCCUGCUGAAUCUCUGAAUGCAGCUGGAAAUAUAUUUUUAGGACAGACAGAGGCACCGUUAAUGAUCAGACCGUUCUUUGAGAAGCUAACAGUAUCAGAGAUCCAUGCAGUAUGUACAGGUGGAUUUGCUACGAUAGCUGGAAGUGUAAUGGCGGCUUACAUCAUAUAUGGGGUGCCCGCAAACCAUUUACUGUCUGCAUCAGUUAUGUCUGCUCCUGCUGCUUUGGCAAUGGCCAAAUUAUUUUGGCCUGAAACAGAAGAAACUCAGGCGACGAGUGAAGAUGUGUACCAGAUGGAAAAAGGAACAGAAAGAAACGUCAUCGAGGCUGCAUCUCAAGGAGCAUCAAAUUCAAUUAAACUAGUGGCUAAUGUUGCUGUAAAUCUUAUAGCAUUUGUUUCUCUUCUUGGAUUUGUUAAUGCCACAUUGAAAUGGUUCGGAGAAAGAGCUGGCAUGAAGCCUCCCGGUCAUGAGUAUUUGACAUUUCAGUAUAUUUGUUCGUAUGUGUUUUAUCCUUUGGCAUACCUAAUGGGCGUGGAAACAGUCGACUGUGGAAGGGUAGCUGAGCUGAUUGGUAUCAAAACAUUUAUAAACGAGUUCGUGGCAUACACAGCACUGUCGAAAUAUAUAAACAAUAGGAAUAAUCUAACAUGGUAUGAAGGAAUGAAUUUCACGGAUUACAAUGCCACUUGGCAUUAUGAGGAUAGAGAUAUUGUGUAUGAUCACAUGAAUAUUACCUUGGACAAGGGUAUAUUACAGGAUAGAUCUGUCGUCAUUUCAACGUAUGCUUUGUGUGGAUUUUCAAAUAUAUCAUCUAUUGGAAUACAGCUUGGUGCGUUAGGUGCAAUGGCUCCUUCAAGAAGAAGUGAUCUGUCACAAGUCAUUAUAAGAGCAAUGAUAGCUGGAAACAUUGCUUGCUUUAUGACGGCUUGUAUAUCAGGUCUGUUAUAUGAAGGAGAAUUGUAGACAAUGAUCUAUAAAGCAUAAUAGAUAGCUGUGUCGGUUAUGACUACGCAUGACAAAUAUUUAAUGAGUUGAAUCCCUGGUCAUUCCCUUUAACGAACAUCACUUUUUGUUUUAUAUGAGAACUGUGUAAUGUUGAGUAUAUAUUGAUAAUCAUAUCACAUUUCAUUCUGUACAUACAUACGGCCAGAUGAUAUUUGUGUUCUUCAUAUGAAUAGGCUGUACAUUUGAUUUUAAGGAUGUUGUGACGACGCAGUUUGUCCCUAAUAGCAAGAAAAUAUGAGAAUGUGUUGUCUCCACAUUGGUAUUUUGUUACUUGAUCUCAUGUCAUAGUUUUACUAUGAAGACAAAUUAUGAAGUCCAAGGAGGUAAAUAAAUAAUGACACAAUUUUACCUUAAAUAUUUUCUACUCUUUAUUCAGUUUGAAUUAUAUGUGUCAACCCCAAAGGAUAAAGUCAAUUUCAUUUGUAUUCCCAAAGCCUGAUAACAACAACAAUAUUAAUAAAUAAUUACAAUUGUUCAAUGCGAGUCAGGUAUUGAGUCAAGUGCAUGCGGUCCUUGUGAAGAUUUUUUUAACGGGUUUUUUUUAUGGAUAAAGGGAUAUUUUUACCGAUUUUAGGGGUGAGCCGGAUGCUCUCCCUCUGCAGUAUAUACCUUCACAUUGCUACGAUAUAAAUAUUUAUCGAGCAUGUUUUUAAUUUCGUAUUUGAUUUUUUUAUCGAUACGUUUUUCAAGUAUUCAAGAAUUAAUUUUCAAAAUAAUUGCUAUGUGUUGAAAAAUAAUUAUUGGCUACGUCUUGAGGGAAGACUUGUAUUAUUUUUUAAUUUCUGUUUAACUGGAAAUAGGUUUUUUUGU